UGACUGACUGUCACAAUGUCGUUUCUUAAUCGACUGCGCAUGCGUAGUGUUGCCAGCGGUGCGACGCAACGGUCCCACUCCCUAAAGUACGAAUCAAAACAGUCGCUGUACAUUAGGGUCUGGGGACUCGAUUGUUUUUAUACUAAUAACAGCCAGCCUCACAACAUAGAGGAGGUUGAGACACAAGGAAAAAGAAACCAGACUCAACCGAAACUAUUAACGCAGCUACACAGUCAACUACUAGCAACUCAAGUUCCCAUGGCAAAUUCAGCCAGUCCAGUGGCCACUCCGUGUGUGUCCAAAGUGGAGCUGACGGUCUCCUGUGAAAACCUGCUGGACAUGGAUGUGGGGUCCAAAUCCGACCCGCUGUGUGUUCUGCUUAUGAAUACAUCUGGAAACCAGUGGUUUGAAGUCGAUCGAACUGAGAGGAUUAAGAACUGCCUUAACCCAAAAUUUGCCAAGAAGUUUGUUGUUGAUUACUACUUUGAGCUUGUUCAGAAGCUCAGAUUUGGCGUUUAUGAUAUUGACAAUAAAACCUUCGAUUUAAGUGAUGACGACUUCCUGGGCGAGUUGGAGUGCUCGCUGGGUCAGAUUGUUUCCAGUUGCAAGCUGACAAGACCUUUGGUACUAAAGAACAAAAGACCUGCUGGAAAGGGAACAAUUACGAUCAGAGCAGAGGAAAUCAAGGACAACAGAGUUGUGAAUUUUGAGGUGGAGGCCAGAAAAUUGGACAAAAAGGAUUUCUUUGGAAAAUCAGACCCCUACCUGGAAUUUUACAGGCAGACGGAAACAGGCUGGCAGCUUGCUCACAGAACUGAGGUGGUGAAGAAUAACUUGAAUCCUUGCUGGAGGCCUUUUAAAAUCCCUCUACGGUCUCUCUGUGCAGGGGACAUGGACAAACCAAUCAAGGUUGAUUGUUACGAUUAUGACAACGAUGGAUCUCAUGAUUUGAUUGGGAUUUUUGAGACCACUAUGAAGCGUCUUCAAGAGGCCUCCCGCAGCGCUCCAGCCGAGUUUGACUGUAUAAACAGUAAGAAGAAACAGAAGAAAAAAAAUUAUAAGAACUCUGGAGUAGUGAGUGUGAAAGUUUGUCAGAUUACCAGGGAAUACACCUUUCUAGACUAUAUCAUGGGAGGCUGCCAGAUAAAUUUCACUGUGGGCGUGGACUUCACAGGGUCAAAUGGUGACCCCAGGUUACCUGAAUCUUUACAUUACAUCAGUCCUCAAGGUGUGAAUGAAUAUCUCUCAGCCAUCUGGUCAGUUGGUCUUGUGGUCCAGGACUAUGACAGUGACAAAAUGUUUCCUGCUUUUGGAUUUGGCGCCCAGAUUCCUCCUACAUGGCAGGUGUCCCACGAGUUUCCUCUCAACUUCAAUCCUGCAAAUCCAUACUGUGCAGGUGUGGAGGGAGUGGUGGAGGCCUACCGGAUGUGCCUACCUCAGGUCAAACUUUACGGCCCUACGAAUUUCGCUCCUAUUAUUAACCACGUGGCUCAAUUCGCACAGCAGGCUUUACAGCAGAAGACGGCGUCGCAAUACUACGUCCUGCUAAUCAUCACAGAUGGGGUGAUCACGGACAUGGAUCAGACGCGUGGGGCCAUAGUCGCCGCCUCACGCUUGCCCAUGUCGAUCAUCAUCGUGGGCGUAGGCAGAGCUGACUUCACUGACAUGGAGAUUCUGGACGGAGAUGAUGGACGUCUGACGGCUAUCACGGGAGAACCGGCUGUACGUGACAUCGUGCAGUUUGUGCCUUACAGGAAGUUCCACAACUCUCCUAAAGAGGAGCUCGCUAAGUGUGUUCUGGCGGAGGUUCCUGGUCAGGUCGUCACCUUCUUUAACAUGAUGAAGCUUACACCUCCGAAGUCAAACACUCCAGUGGACGCUUCAAAUGGGCCGACACAGAACUGAAGGACCUGUUUCCUUCCUUCUCACUGCACACAAUUCAACAACUGAACAUCACCAACCUGCUAACCUAACUCUUAGGCUUUUUUUGAAAGAGGCUUUUUGUUUUAAAUUAGGUUACUUGUAAAUAAACAUAAUUUUAUUUUUUAUGUUUUCAUGUGCCAAAUGAUCUUGAAAUGGUCUAUUAUGGAUCUUGUUUACAAGUCUAAUCUAAGUAUCUUAGUGUAAAUGAAGAUAAACUCUCAGUUAUUGGAAAACAAACUUUUUUUUUUGUCAUUCCCACUUACUCCAUACAAAAUUGUUUACAGUCUUUAUAUUUUCAUCUCGUUAUCAUAACGCUUUUCUGUACAUGAUGUUUUUUUUAAUCUGUAUAUGAUUUUUUUAACAGUGUUUUGCAAAGCCAUUUUGUCAUAUAUCUUAUAUCUUAUGUUAUAUUGAUCAUGUUAAUGUGCCUGAAUGAUUAAGUUACAGUUCCUAUACAAAACAAAAUGUGCCUUUAUGUUUGAUUUUAUUUUAUUGAGAUCAUGUAGCAAGUUUGACCAGAAUGCAUUUAAAACUAUACACACUGAGAAAUGGUGCUCAGAUCUCAGUCUGCAUGUAUAGAAGAAAGUCAUAUAUGGGUCUCAGUGGUCUAGUCAUGUGCCUGAAUUGACCAUGCAUGAAUACAAUAAUAAUAAUAAUAAUAAUAACAGCAACAUGAAAAGAUAAUCAGCUUUUCGGAUCAGUAUAAGAUGCAUGUUCAUUUUACAUUUAAUCACAAUGUCUGUACCAGCCCGUUGUGUGCAAUUAGUGCAGAAAGAAAUAUAUUACAUAAUAUUAUAUUUUAAUUAAAGCUAUUGUCACACGUG